AGAAUAACGGUUGAGAGAAAUUUGAAAAAAGUUCAGAAUUUCUUAUUACAAGAAAGCACCAACGGCGCGUCAUGGUGGAGGAGAUCUGCACUGUGUCAUCGCUGCGUCGUCUUCUCCGGCAAGUCCUGCCGCUUGUUCUGCUUUUGCUCUGGCGGAUGUGAAGCACUCGGAGCACAGUUUGGGCGUGGACUCGGUGCCGCUGGCUGAGGAGAUCUGAGAGAAGAGCAAAAUAGAGAGAUUCAGAGAGGAGAGAGAGCUCGCCUCACCGUCGUUGUUGCUGUUGCCACCGCAGUUCAUCGCCUCUCCAGAUCUAGUCGCAACGCCCAAGCCUCUGAGGAUGUUCCAUUACGACCUCCUCGACGAGACGCAGAACAAGCUCAAUUACAUCCUCUCUCUCUCACUGUCGAGAACUUCCUCGAGUGCUGCCUUCAUAUUCUCGUCUUCAAGUCCGGCAUGGCCAAGUCCAUCUAUCAGUGCAUAUUAGAUGAAGGAUGAUUUCAAGAAGUGACACAAAUUUUACUCUGAGCAGCAUUUUCACAGGCCACAGAGGAGGUUCAUUGAGCUGGAGGCUCUGGAGAAAAUCAUACGGAAAAGAAUAGGUUUGUUAUUUGCUUUGGACAUCUAAAUUAAAGCAAUAUAGUUUUACUAAAGAUACUGAAUUAGACAUGCUUUGGACAUCUCACAUGUUUAUUCAGAUUAAGAAUUGCUAAUGAAAAUGAAAUCAGUAAACCUUGUCCCCAACCUGAUUUAUUCAGAUUAGAGCAUUCAUUCAAGUCUUGUGUGUUGUGUAUUGAUUCUUCCAUAUUCAAUAACCUCUCUGAUUUGAACUUGGUAAUUGUGAGAAAGGGUGACAAUGAUUUAUCAGGCCUGAUAAACAUUGAAAAGGAUUACGAUUCUCGAGCAGUGGGUUCAGGAUGGCAGAACUCUUAGCUACGAACUCUUGAUCUAGCUGUAAAAUGCGAUUCAAAUGUUAUAAGAUAGUAAGACACUAUGUUUUUCUGUGUUGAGUUUUGGGAUCUUUGUGAAAAUGAACCGUGUUUGCAGGUAUCAUUUUGGAUGUCUGAGAAAGGAUACUCUACCCAUUAUGCAACUUGAAGAGAACACACAAGGCUUGAACUGGCCUAGUUCUUUCGAGCAACAAAGACAGAGAACAGGAGACCUAGACUUGCUUGAUUGGCUUAAAGCCAUGUUUGGUUUCCAGAGGGACAACAUCAGGAAUCAGAGAGAGCAUUUGAUUCUGCUUCUUGCUAAUUCUCAUAUAAGACUACACCCUAAACCUGAGCCUCUAAACAUGCUUGAUGAUCGUGCUUUUGAUGAAGUGAUGAAAAAGCUUUUUAAGAAUUAUAAAAAACGGUGCAAAUUCUUGGGACGAAAACAUAGUUUACGACUUCCUCAAGGUUAGCAAGAGGUGCAACAGAGGAAGUUGCUUUAUAUGGGCUUGUACCUUCUCAUCUGGGGUGAGGCGUCCAAUGUUCGCUUCAUGCCUAAGUGCCUAUGCUACAUAUUUCAUAACGUGAGUGUACAAAUUAAUCUGCGCAUGGUUCAUUUUGUUUGUGCUUGAAUCUCAUGUAAAUGUGCUAUAUUCUUGCUUGGAUAUAUUCCACAAAGAAAUUUUUUCGAUGGCUGUUCGAUGUAGGAAAGAGGCAGUUUCUAUCUGUGAAGUGGGGUGUAAGUGGAGGCUACUACUGGAAUCCUUAGCUGCCAUUUUUCAGUAUUUGAAAUUUAAUGGAGAUAUGGAGGAGACAGAGAAUUCGAUAAGGUUACUCAGCAGCAAGAAUAUUGUCUCCCUGAAUCAAAUGUGCCUGCAAUUGAUGUGCUGGGAGGCGAUUCACAUAAACAAAUUGGUGAAAUUUCAGAGCCAGAGGAAGAUGGGAACACAACAACCCUGACUUCAAGCUCGAAGGUGUUGGGGUGUUUGAGGUCAUCUCAAUUGAGCUAGUCACAAUACUGCAGGUCCGAUGUCACGACGAAGCUUAGAGCUGAUCAAUCUUGCUAUUUUUUUUAUUAAUCAGAUUAGUAUUUUGUGGAUUAUGUUGGUAUAUAAAUUUUUAGGAAUUCCGUUAGCUGAUGUACUCAUUCUGUUCAAACAAGACACUAUAAUUUUUGAUGCACUAUUACUAUUAAGGAUGAGUUUGGCAAAUA